UGACUGGUCCACAGUUCUCACUCCCAUGUCGUCUUCUCCUAAAGAAGCCAAUCUUUGUCACUGCGGUUUGAAUUUUAAAGUCCACAGCGACCUCCCCCCGCCCCCACUGCAAGUCGCAGAAUCUCCACAUUGCUGCAGGAUGAGGGUGCUGGCGCCUCCAAUGCUGCUCCUCCUGCUCUUGGGGGCCUUGGCCCUGAGGAACACUUGGGCGGGCUCCCACUCCCUGAGGUAUUUCGACACCUCCGUGUCCCGGCCGGGCGGGGAGCCCCGCUUCAUCUCCGUGGGCUACAUGGUCGACAUGCAGUUCGUGGGCUUCGACAGCGAUGCUGAGAGUCUGAGGAUGGAGCCGCGGGCGCCAUGGAUGGAGAAGAUGGGGCCAGAGUAUUGGGAACGGGAGACACAGACCUCCAAGUGCAACUUACAGAGUCACCAAGUGAGCCUCAACACCCUGCGUGGCUACUACAACCAGAGCGCAGGCGGCUCUCACACCUUCCAGAGGAUGUAUGGCUGCGACGUGGGGACGGAUUGGCGCCUCCUCCGCGGGUACCUUCAGGACGCCUAUGAUGGCGCGGAUUACAUCGCCCUGAAUGAAGACCUGAGCUCCUGGACCACCGCAGAUGCGGUGGCUGAGAUCACCAAGAGGAAGUGGGAGGCAGCUGGUGACGCAGAGAGCUUCAGGGCCUACCUGGAAGGAGAUUGCUGGAAGUAUCUUGCAGGCUACCUGGAGAAAGGGAAGGAGUCGCUGCUGCGCACAGACCCCCCGAAGACACAUGUGACUCACCACCCUAUCCCUGAAGGAGAUGUCACUCUGAGAUGCUGGGCCCUGGGCUUCUACCCUAAGGAGAUCACCCUGACUUGGCAUCGGGAUGGAGAAGACCAGACCCAAGACAUGGAACUUGUGGAGACCAGGCCUGCAGGGGAUGGAAACUUCCAGAAAUGGGCCGCUAUAGUGGUGCCUGCUGGGGAGGAGCAGAGAUACACCUGCCAUGUGCAUCAUGAGGGGCUGCCUGAGCCCCUCACCCUGAGAUGGGAGCCACCUCCUCAGCCCACCAUCCCCAUCUUGGGAAUUGUUGCCGGUGUGAUUCUCCUUGGAGCUGCUGUCACUGGAGCUGUGGUCGCUUUUGUCUUGUGGAAGAAGAAAAACUCAGGUGUAAAACCAGACACCUAUGCUCCAGCUGCCUGUAAUGAAAGUUCCCAGGGCUCUGAUGUGUCUCUCACUGGUUAAAAAGUAUUUUCUUUCAACUGAGUAAUACAGGAUUUCUUCAGUUCUCUUCCUGCUCCCUGCUGCAGUUUCAAGAGGUCCCAACUUCUCUUUGUGCAGCUGGCAAUUAACUGUGUCUAUGUGUCUGUGUUCCUGUCAUCAGAUUAUAAGGAAAUGGAGACAGGCGCUCGUCUUUGAUCACCAAGACCCCUCCCUACACUGUCCUGUUCUCUUCCUCAAUUAACUUUCCUAUGAAGCAAAUACAGGUCUGGGACGUCUUCAUUCCUGGUAGCUUUAUGUUGCCCUGGGCUCUAGACUUUUCCUUGCCUUUUGGAAAAGAGAAUGUGUAUAUUGAUUUGUAUUUCACAUUUGUGCCAUGAAUUAUGGUUGUGGGUUAAUUACAUGAAAAGAGGAUUCCUCAAAUUUCUGAGAGAAAAUAAAACCCCAAACCUUCCAGAAUCCACAUGUUUGCUGUGCUGACUCUGCCUCAGGUGGGGACAGGAGAAAGAUGAAAGGAGCUGAAGGUGGACAAAGCAGCACCCAAUCUGUGAUAGUCUAUCCUGGGUUUGAUGUGGUCACUCCUCAGCUGGAUCAUCUUCCCUGGUCCUUAGACCCAUUCAUUCAACUGAACCUCAUCCCACCAGGACCUGUGAUGACAGGGGCUCAGGCAUCACCAGGGCAGGUCCUGUCUCCAGGACCAUGAGCAGGGAGGGCAUCACAUUGAGUGGGUUAACGUAGGCUGAGACCUGAGUCUGACCUUGUGCUCCCAUCUUUUUUUGUUUCUCAGUUUCUAUGGAGAAUUAUCCCUAUUCUUAUUAUUAAGUAUGAGUUCUGGUCUCAUUCUUCUUUGGGUGUCUCUCUUUGAGAGCAGCAGAAAUCCUUUCUCCUGUCAUUGUCCCACAAAACCCAGGGCAGUUUUCUGGAUUAUAUUUUCCAUCAUUUCUGCAGUAUUUUUAAAGGGACCAGAUAUGAGAGUCCCAGAGAAGAAGGAUCUUAUGAUUUCUCAUCCUAGAUAAAUUCCUCUUAGGUUUUCAUUUUCUCCAUCCAGCAGUUUCACUGUCCUUAACAAGAUUAAUUCUAGAACUUGCUCCAAAAAUAUGCAAAAAGCAGUAUAUAUCUGUCCAUGGUGGUUUUAUCAUGUCAUGGGAAAUUAAGGUUGGUCUUUUGUUUUACAAUAAAACAAAAAUCCAUAUCACCACAUUAACAGAAUGAUGGUGAAAAUCAUAAGUUCAUUCCAAAGGAUGUAGGAAAAGCAUUUUUUUUAAUUCAAUAUAAUGUCAAGUUAAAAUCUCUAGGGCUCUGAGUAUUGAAAAGAACAUUCUCAACAAGAUUAGGGAAAGUAAAAAAAUUCUACCAUUAGAAUUUGUUUCAGUGAUAAAAGGCUCAACACUUUCUUUUUGGGAUCAGCAACUGUGGGAGGCCAUCCUUGCACGUGAUUUGAGUUACCUCCCUGGCUGGGUGAGAGGCACUUAAACACAGCUGUGUCUGAGCCAUUCCCCACCCUUGCCCAGGUCUGAGUGUUUGUCCGUACAGAGGCAUGCCUGGCCACUGACCUGAAGACCCAAUCAUCGUCCUUGACCUUGGGAUGCUGCCCCCCUUAACCUUCAUUGGAUGGGAUUUUCCCUUGAAUUUUUUGUUCCCCAAUAAAAGCUCAUUCCCUGGUGCUCACCUUCUCUUGCUAGUCUCUUCUGUAAACCUUUCCACUGCCACCCACUGCAGUAGGUGGCUGGAGGCAGGAGCUAGGAGAAGCCAUCUGGGAGCUCUGUUAAAGGUAAUGAGAGUCUGUCUCUUUAAUUUAAAACUCACUAGCAAUUUCUUAUGAACUGAAACUUCUUUCAUGAAGCUUGCACUCCUGUGGCAAGCAACAAAGUUAAAGUGUUGGAUCUCAGCAUUUUUUAUGUAACUUAAUUCUGGAUCACAGCCAGCACAACAUCACAAAGGCACAAAGGAGCCCCUGGUAUACAGCUAUGUUUAAAUAUGCUAGGCAAAUGCUGGAGGUUUCUUGAUUAGAACUCAGUUUUAGUUCUCUUCCCAGAAUAGUUUGAUUUCUUGGUUCUACACAGUGAGAUCUGUUUUGCACUCUUGGUGAUCCACUAUUUUUAUCUCAAUGAAAUGCAGUCUGUGUUUGCAAUUCCAUAAGUUCUUCACUGCUUCUUGCUCAGAGAACUAGAGGGCUCUAUAAGUAUCUUUGAAUUUUGCACUGUCUCUGUCCCUUACAUUGAAGUUCUGUUUCUCCUAAUCAAGUUUCUCCUAAAAAGCCUCUUCAAAGUCCUUUAAGGUAUACCCA